CGGAACCAAUCAUUUUCAUCAUCCGUCGACAACUUUCGAUUCAAGCAACCACCUUUUCGCAUUUUCAAAGACGUCCAAGUGCAAAAGAUCGAACUAUAUUCGAAACAAAAUGUGCAAAAACCCUUGCUGAAUGUACUGCAAACGAGUUAAAGAGUUAUAAAAAUACAUAUUAUCAGGACCACCAUCACAAUUUUUUGUUUGAAAAAGAAAAAAAACACCCUUAAUAAAUGAAAAUUUAGUCGUAAUUUUGCUAAGAGCUGAGACGAGAAAAAUGACGGACAAAAAUGUAGUGUUGGAAGGAUAUAUGAAAAAACUGAAAACAACGAAAAAAAAAUAUUUUGUCUUAUUUGGUGAUACCAGAGAUAUGUUUGCUCAUCUAAGGUAUUACGACUCUGAGAAAAAAUUUAAGCAAAGUCUUAAUAAGCGUGAUACUCCCAAUUCGAAAAAAUGUAUAAUCUUACGGGAGUGUUUCAAUAUAAAUAGAAGAUUGGAUACUAGGCACCCAAAUGUGCUUGCACUUUAUACUAAAGAAGAAUGUUUUUCUAUCAUUUUCGAGUUUGAAGAAGAUCUUCAUAAAUGGCUAAAUGCGUUGCUGCGCUUACAAAAAGGAUCUUCACUAAACGAUAGUGAGCCUACCCCUCGUCCACAAUUCGAUCAUAUUUGGGAAGUUAACAUUGAGAAAAAGGGACUUGGAGAAAGUAAAGGUUUGCAUGGGCCAUACAGGCUAUGUAUAUGUGAGAAAAAUUUGUCGUUUGUCAAAGCUGGCAUACAUCUCACUCCAAACAGAGAUACAAAUUUGGACAUCAUCGACAUUUCAUUGGGCAGUAUAAGAAGGUAUGGAGCACAACAAUGUUAUUUUUACUUGGAAAUUGGCAGAGUGUCUAAAACGGGCCCUGGUGAACUCUACUUGGCAACUGCAGAUCCAUUAACCGCUCAAAAUCUUUAUGAUACCAUAUUGAGGUAUGUAAAACAAGGAAAAGUAAUAGAGGAAUCUACCGCUGUUUACCACAGAGAUAGAUCGUUGUCAGUCAAUGAAACUUCUAAACCCGUAACGCAGUACAACAUUGGUAGCAUGGAGCUCAAUUCUGAAAUAAAGCCUUACAAUGAUUCUUGCCAUAGAGAAAGAUGUGAUAGUUUACCGAGUUCAAAUGUCAUAUCUUUAAACAAAACCAAAUCUGCUACCAGACCGUACUCUGUUUGCAGUCGUUCACCAACGACUCCUAGUCCACUAAGUCCGAUGUCUCAUACUUUAUCGAGCAAAAGUGACGACGAUUCAUCAUUCACUGUUGAUGAGGUGGAUUGUAUAGAUGAUGUAUCAAAAAAUUUCAAAAACCUAAGUUGCUCUCAUUCAAAAAUGACUAUUUUGGAAGAAACAUCUGAAGAUAUGAGUAUUUCUGAAAAAGGACAAACACAUCUGCAUGAAAAUACUCCAGUAACAAUCUCCGAAUCUUUGGUAGAGAAACAGGAAUACUUAGAAAUGUUACCUUCACUUGAAAGUAAAACAAGAACGGAAGUACGAAGCCGGACAUCAAGUUUUGCUGAAGACAUCCCAAGUUAUAAUACUCGAUUCCAUCUUCCAGAUGGCUUAAGUUCCUCUGCUUCAAGUGUAACUUCUGGCACCCCCUCGACGGACACACGUUUUUCGGCGUUUCAUCUUGAAAAAACUUUUUCACAUUUUAGCGAGGAUAACAAUGAUUUCGUUUUGAGACCAACCAGGACCUAUUCUGUAGGAAGUAAACCGGAUAAUAUUAAGACGAAAACUUUAGAUGGUUUCAAUACUGAUGCUCAUAAGAAUUCUACGAGGAUCCGUGCAUUUUCUGUUGGAUCAAAGGUGAAAAAUCGACUAAAUGAUUUGGGAAAAAUUGAUACGAAAGAGAAAAAAAUGAGAAAGCCGCAAUCAGAUAAGUGCACUAGUGUACCCGCUUUAAUAAAAACUCCAAAAAGCGGAAUAAGUGAUCAGGCUGAUCAUAUUAGUUUUCAAAAUAAAAGUGGGAGUCUGAACCGUUCCAUUUUCGGAUCUCCAAAAACCACAGAUUCUUCAGAGUACAUGGUCAUGCACCCUAGCAAUAACAAUGCUGAGAAAUUCGUACAGGAAACUAAAAAAUCUGAUUAUGUUGAGAUGGGAGCACGAUCUGAUAGGUUUUCAUCAAAACCUAUUGAAAUAGUAAUAAAAAAGAAUAAUGAUAAAUUUCAAAGUCAUGAUACCACUUCUAGUCCUCAAAUUGAUUAUGCAUCCGAAAUUGAUAGUCAUAAUACUAUGUUUCCCUUGAGUUUAGACAAAAAUUCAACGUGGGAUAUGAAGUCACUACCAUUAGAGUCGAAGUUAACAACAAGUAACUCUCAAGAGCAUCAACAUAAUGAUGUUGUAAUCGAUAGCACUCAACAUAUCGACGAAGGAGAUUAUGCGACACUUUUGCCUGGUGAUGGAUUUGAAAACAAAAAAGAUGAAGAUAUGAAAGAUUACAAACCAAACUAUAUUGAUUUAUAUUUUCCUCAACAAAGUAAAGAGAAUAACUGUAAUCCCAAGAAAGAUGAUACAACAACAAAAUCCACAUAUGCACAAAUUGUGUUUCCUGAUUUUCAGCCAAAAUAAAUUAAACCUUUUAACAAACAAUCUUUUGGUUUACAAUUUAAAUUGUUUAAAUUUUUAUCGAAUGCAUCAAUAGAUUUUUUUAGAAACGUGGAAAAUACAGACUAAAAAGACGGACACAUUUUUGGAAGCAAUAUUUUUUUGUUUCUCGUUGAAAGAACUUAAUGAAAAUGAUGACGUAGGGACUAGGUAUAUACUAUAAAUUUGUACAUAUUGGUUAGAUAUGACGUCGUUAUUUUGCGUCUGCGGUGUUUCGUCUUCAAUUUCAUCUGUAGCUCUUAUGCCAUAUGACUCGAUAUUGCAACUUUAUUAUAUUACAAUACUUUGAAAGAUAAACACGUGAAAAACAGUGUAGCCGUUAUUAUUAAUAAAUAAAUUAUUG